AUGAGCCGGCAGGCGCCCACGGUGAGGUCCGUGCUGGGCCGACGAGGCUUCAGCUCGGCCUCGGAGAUCUGCGGCCGCAGCUUCGCCGCCUCGUCCUGCGCGCCCGCCCGCUGCGGGGCCGGGGCCUACAGCAGCAGGAGCGUCUGCAACCUGGGGGGCAGCAGGAGGAUCUCCUACGUCAACGGCUGCGGCACCGGCUGCUUCGGGGAGCUGGCGUUCGGGCCCGCGGGGUACGGGAGCGCCGGCGCGGGGCGAGCGGGGCUGUGCGGCCCCCGCGGGUACAGCCUGGUGCGGGGGUACCCCGAGCGCAAGGCCGACGGCAUCCAGGGCAUCUGCAUCGACGAGAGGCUGCUGAAGCCCCUGUGCGUGGGCGUGGACCCGCUGGAGCACGAGAUCCGCUGCCAGGAGAAGGAGCAGAUCAAGAGCCUCAACACCCAGUUCGCCUGUUUCAUCGACAAGGUGCGGUUCCUGGAGCAGCAGAACAAGGUGCUGGAGACCAAGUGGGGGCUCCUGCAGCAGUACGUGCUGCCCAAGAAGGGCAAGAACCUGGAGCUGUACUUCGAGAACUACAUCUGCGACCUGCGCAAGCGCCUGGACUGCCUGCUCUGCGAGAAGCAGAAGCUGGGCAGCGAGGAGUGCGCCACGAGCCAGCUCGUCGAGGAGUUCAAGUGCAAGUACGAGGAGGAAAUCAACCGGCGCACGACGGUGGAGAACGAGUUCGUGGCGCUCAAAAAGGAUGCAGACUGCAUCUUCCUCAACAAGGAGGAGCUGGAGGUGAAGGUGGAUCUGUUGAGAAGGCAGCUGGAGCUGUUGAAAUGUGUGUUUGAGGAGGAACGAGCUCAGGUGGAUCGGCAGCUCUGCGACACCUCGGUCAUCGUCAAGAUGGACAACAACCGGGACCUGGACAUGGAGAGCAUCAUCAAGAACGUGGAGUGCUGGUACCAGGAGAUCGCCCAGAAGAGCAAAGAAGAAGUCGACGCUUUCUACCAAACCAGGUUUCAGGAGCUCCAGGACAAGAGAGGGAAAUACUGUGACGACCUGCAGAGCAACAAGUGUGAGAUCUCAGAGCUGACCAGGAUGAUACAGAAGCUGCAGUGUGAGCUGGAGAGCGUCAAGAAGCAGGUCUCCUGCCUGCAAACCUCCAUCUGUGACGUGGAGCAGCGCGGGGACUGCGCCCUCAAGGACGCGCGCGAGAAGCACAUCGAGCUGCAGAACGCGCUGCAGAAGGCCAAGGACGAGCUGGCCUGCAUGCUCAGGGACUACCAGGAGCUGCUCAACGUCAAGCUGGCCCUGGACAUCGAGAUUGCCACCUACAAGACCCUCCUGGAGGGUGAAGAGAGCAGGAUCUGUGUGGGGAACCCCGUGAGUGUGUCGGUGGUCAGCAGCAGCGGCUACACCCUCCCGGACGACUGCGGGCUGCUGGCGGCCAACGGGGCGUGCGGGUUCGGCUCCCUGGGCCGGCGCUCGGGCCGCCACAGCUCCCCGGCCGCGGGCGGCUUCAGCUCCCGCAGCGCCGGCAUCCACCCCAAGCGCGUCCUGAGCUCGGUGGCCAAGCCCUGCCAGGUGCCCCCGGAGGUGUUCUGCCCUCCCGGCGGGGUGGGCUGCAAGGCGGGGGGGUUCAGCUCCCGGAGCGGGGGGUACCCGGCCCGCCCCGGGCUCGGCGCCAGGGUGGGGGGCGUGCAGGCGGGCGGGGUGGUCACCUUCGGCAACCAGGGCUGCGUCAUCCGGCAGCUGGCCGGGCCCCCCGUGGUCGUGUCCGGCGGCGCCGAGGUCGUGGGGUGCAACCCCGGCGUGGUGGGGAACUUCGGCGUGGUCAGAGACCCCUGCGUGGUCCCGUAGGGCCGAGGGGUGGGGGGCUGGCGGGGCCCCCCCUCCCCGGGGGGCUGGAGCCGCCGUUCCUACACCGGGAUGA